AAAGAGAGUCGAAGAGAAGAAGAUCAAUAAGCUCAAGAGAAAGCUCAACCCACACCAAACCGAUGCCAUUCAGAAGUAUAGGAAAAUUGAGGAGUGGGACAUCACUUUAAUCAGUCUCCUCCUGAAAUAUUGUGAAGGGUUGGCCGAAGAUGAUCACCAGGAUUGGUCAUCAAGCAGUGGGAAAGAGCCGGAAUGCCUUAUCACAGCUCUGAAGAAUAUAAGAAACACACUGGCUCACGAACAGACCCAACUUCUGAAGGAAGAUUUCAUUCUCAAAACGGACGAAAUUCAUAAACUCAUUAAAAAGGUCCUUGAGAGUGUGGGUCAAAUGUGUAGUCAUGUCAGCCAAGGGGAAAUUGAGACACGCAUAGAGGAAUUCACUGAGAAGCUCAAUGAAAUCAGAGACGCAACCUUUUCUCCAGCGACCGUUGCCGAGUUCGAGAAAGAAUCGCUGUUUCACGAACUGAAGGAAUAUGUGAAAAAGGAAGGUAAGCCAGUGUUGGUAAGCCAUCUGAAGAGACUCACAACCUUCAACCCUCUGUUUCUGAUCUUAGAAAAGCCGAAGGAAACAGAAUUUGCGGUGAAGGAUAUAUUCACAGGGAUGCUCUUGGAGGAGGAUGAACAAAGAGUGAAAGUUUCACUGGAAGACAUCAUAGCCAUUGCAUCUAACACUGAUCCUAAAGGAUUUAUAUUGCUCAAGGGCUACGCAGGAGUGGGCAAAACCACAAUAGUAAAAAAGAUUACCUCUGACUGGGUUCAGAAGGCUGGGUACAUUAAAGGCCUCGAUUCUUUCGACCUGUUGUUAUAUGCAGAGUUCAGAGAUCGAACUGAGAGUUUUGUGGAGCUUUUCCAGCAUUUAUUAGGUGAUGUUCAUCAGUGUUUCAACAACAAAGACCUUGUCAAGGUAGCCCUAGGUCUGAAAAACUUGGUUGUCUUGGAUGGAUUCGAUGAGGUCAACUCCUAUUCAUUCAGUUUGUUCCAAGACAUCCUGCAAUUGGCAAAAUGCCACAAGAACUUGACUGUUAUUAUUACAACCAGACCUGAAGCUGAGAAGCAAUUAAGUGAUCAACUGAAAUCCGCCAAUGUAAAUGCUGUUCACGUUUGGCUGGUAGGUACCGAAGCCUACAAAAGGCCAGAGUUUGUGAGAAAAUACUUCCAUGGUCUAUCUCAGAAAUCUAAACCUUUGCAAGGGCUUGACGGACUGUUUGCAUACCUCAAGAAAACUGAGCACAUAAUGAGUGAGGUGUGGAAACUCCCCUAUAAUCUCUCCCUUGUUACAAUUCUUUGGAUGCUUGAGCCAGAAGUAGUGAAUGGAAUUACAACUGAGCUGAGCUGUACUGGCAAAUUUUCGCCUUGUGCCGUUCAAGAUUAGAGGAGCGUUUGGGCAGGCGCAAGAGCACGUGUGCCUAUACAGAAAGUGAACGGAAAUCCAAGACUGAAAAGUUUCUUGAACAGCUAAGCUGGCAGUCCCUUUUGGGGUUAAAGAAUGACGACAUCUAUCUUCCUAAGUUAGCCUAUAACAACAUAGCCCAACUCUGUGAGCAUUUGGAAGUGCCAGUCGAAGAGCUGGCUGGUGCUUUUCUCAAAAAGUGACUACUUCAA